AUGGUGAGUUUUGUUGCAGUUUUGCGGCUGUUAGCUCAGAUGGUUCCGACAUUUUGGGAAUUGAGUUGGCCACUAUUCAUAGCGGAGAAUAGUGGCUACUUUUGGCAGCUGCUAAAGUUGGGUAAUGCAAAGGUGGUUUAUCAGCCUCAUGAAGGAAGGGGUGGGUCUAAUAUGGAUUCAACCUCUACUAGGAAAAGAUAG